CUCUCGCAGUCGAGUUCAAACUCCCGAAAAAUGAUAACGUUACUUCACAUAAAACAGAGUCAAGGAUAAAGUAGGUCCUCACAAAAAUUUGAAAAGCAGAUGGCCGUUUGAAUCCCACCUCCCUAAAAAAAGCAUCCAAAGUUCAAAAAAUCUAAACGGACAACACCACCACAGACACAGUCCACAUACAAAGUACAAACACAACAAAAUAACACAACAAACAAACUUGAAACUUCCCAUUUCAAAACUCUAACAUUCUCUCUCCUCCUCUACCACAUCAAGACACACAAACAAACACACCUCUACACAACCAUAGAAAAAAGAGGAGAGAGAGUGAGAGCAAUGACUGGGCUUAUAAUGGUUACAAAAGGCGGUGGAUGCGGCGGUGGCGGAACAAAGAGUCCGGCACCAACAACAAAAGACGAGCAAAAUCAGCUCUCAUUGGUGGCAUUACUCGUAGCCGCACUUCGGAAAUCGAUGAUUGCAUGCCGUGUAGAUCGAAGGGAUGAUGCGAUCUCCACUGUUCAUCAUAUGGAAAUUGGUUGGCCUAGUAAUGUUCAGCAUAUUACUCAUGUUACUUUUGAUCGCUUUCAAGGUUUUCUUGGUUUACCUGUUGAAUUUGAAGUUGAAAUCCCGCCUAAAGUCCCCAGUGCUAGUGUUAGCGUGUUUGGUGUUUCAGCAGAAUCAAUGCAAUGUUCGUACGACGCAAAAGGAAAUAGUGUGCCCAUUAUACUUUUACUAAUGCAAGAGAGGCUGUAUUCCCAAGAGGGUCUUAAGGCAGAAGGAAUUUUUCGUAUAAACCCAGAAAAUGGUCAAGAACAACGAGUUAGAGACCAGUUGAAUAGGGGCAUAGUGCCUGAUGAUAUAGAUGUGCACUGUUUAGCUGGUCUAAUUAAAAGCUGGUUUCGGGAGCUCCCUUCUGGAGUGCUAGAUGGGCUUUCCCCAGAGCAAGUUCUACAAUGCAGUAGUGAAGAUGAUUAUAUCGUGCUGGUGAAACAGCUUAAACCAAUGGAAACUGCACUUCUCAACUGGGCUAUUGAUCUUAUGGCUGACGUGGUAGAGGAUGAGGACUGCAACAAGAUGAAUGCGAGAAAUAUUGCUAUGGUUUUUGCUCCGAACAUGACUCAGAUGUCUGAUCCACUAACAGCACUAAUGCAUGCUGUUCAAGUCAUGAACUUACUCAAAACCCUCAUAAUGAGAACUUUAAGGGAACGUGAAGAGGCCAUCACUGAGGAUAACUAUUCACCUAUGUCAUCUCGUUCCUCCUGCGAGGCCAGUGACGAGGUAUAUGACAGCGAACAGGAAAUGGAUACAAGUGGUGAAUCAAGAGCGCCUGAUUCCUACUAUGAUGAAUCUGCUGAUUAUAGACAAAAUACAGAGUAUGAACGUGAAGAUAAAAGUGGUUCCUUGAGUGAUAUAGAGGAAUGUUUCUUGAGAAAAUUGGGCAAGUACAAGAUAGAUUAUACCUUAAAUGAUGAGGCAGAUGUACUAAUUUCCGAUAGUAAAAUUUGGAGUUACAGAUCAAGUAGCGGAAGGGAAUUAUUCGAUAGUAAAAGCGUAUCAGAAAGAUACGAGAACGUACGAGAUGUGGAAAUGGACCAACUAGUAGAGUCUACAUCUUCAAUGCCAUUGUUUGUGAAUAGUUGACAUGAGAGAAGAAUCUCUAAUUUCCUAUGGUAGGUCGAAACAUUCGUGUGACAUUAAUCUGCGUUGUUGUAUGUGCAUUGUUUUGUUUGUAUAUUAAUUAGAAGUUUAGAAAGUUAUGGAAUGAUAGAACUAAUUUGUUUGUGACCAUUUACUGGUGAAUGUUUGCUGUAAUUGAACUUUGAAGUUCAAUUCUCACUACAACUGUAUUUCGUGUGUUGAAAAUAGUAUUCCAAUGAAAAAUAGAUAUUUGUCAAA